AUGCCAGUCGAUAACUACGGUGUCUGGAAAGGCCACCCAGUCGACUACAUACUCACCGAUCGGCAGAACUGUCUCAACUCGCCUCAAUUAUCGCUAUUCUUCCACGACCGGGGGCUCAAGGGGACAGAGCGUAAUGGCAUCUCCAUCAAUGGACGCAACGGCACUGCAGGACCGUGUCGGGCGGCGAUAAACAUCACAUCCGGAGACCUGCAUGACUCUAGGCUGGUCUACUGGGUAAAUCACCGACUGGAUCAGAAUCCGAUGGUCGAUAAGCUAUCCCAUCUCAAAUUCGGCUUCACCGCACAAGAUAGCAGUGGUUCACAGGGACUCGGCUUGGACUACAUCCGACACAGCCUAUUCAACAGCACUAAUGGCAGGCUUCUGCCGCAUGAUAUCCCGGGCCAAUUUGGCGAUAUCAUCGAUGUUAUGGUACCGAGUAUCAAGCAAGCAGUCGAAGAGGAUGCAGAAAUCUACAUCUUCGGUUCACGUUCUCAAAACGGGAAUGAGAUUCACAACAUCCACAUGAACCAGGGCAACGCGUGCAAAUUUCGCGACGACGACGGUGUCUUCAAGGACGGGGGCCUGGUAUUUCAUUUCCAGAGUUCCAGCGAGUGGCUUGGUAUAUUCCUCGCGUUUGCAUCGCAAGCUGUGCACACAAACGAUAAAUCCGGGCAUGCAAUCUCCGGCGUUGGCUGGAGCGAUAUCCUCCGUCCAGACAUCAUCGAGGAUGCGGUGGUGAUCCAGGAAGCGUACGUCAAUCCUGCAGGUCCCUGCGGGAGAUGCAAAUCAGUGACGUUGUCCAACCGGACGAAUCGCGCGGUCCGACUGGAGUCCUGGGCCAUCCGUAAUGCGGCUGGAGAUAUACAAAAGCUUCCUAAGGGAGCGGCGCUAAGGCCGAGAAUUGACCGGCCAUUUGAGCUAGAGGAUUGGGCGCUCUCGGAUCGGGGAGAUACUAUCUUAUUGCUGAAUGAGCAGGGGUUGCGGGUGGAUGGAGUCAGCUAUAACUUGCGACACGGAACAAUGAAAGGGGGGUCAAUUGCUUUUAAACGCUAG